GCUAUAUGGAUUAACGGUGCGGGAGACGCGACGGGCUGGGAGGACAGAGGAUCAGCGAGACUGUACCGUUAAGCUUUUCAGUGAGUGACCGGACGACAGCUUUACUGGGACGUUGCCUCGUCUUUAUUUCAGCCUGUUCUGUUUCUUCUAUUCUCUUUUAUUCUACUCCCGACUGCAGAGGAGACGCAAAGAGUCGAGUUAACAGAGGGUGAGCGACGUAAAGACAGACUAGGAGAGAGAGAGAGGGGGAGAGAGAGAGGGAGGGAGAGGUAGAAGCUGGCGACUGAAGUGAAAAUCCAAAAAUUCGUCAUAGAAAGGGUUUAACGUUCUCCAACAAAGCAGGGAAGAUACUACUGCGGAUAUAUGUUUGUUUAAUAACCAGCUAAAUCUGCCUAACCCCCUUUAUUAAUGGGAUAAUUAGACUUUUCCGCCCUUUUGCCUGGGAUAUUUUUUCUUGUAGUGGAAUUCUUCCCAUUUCACCUGCACGAGGGCAGCGACCGGCGGUAAAGGAGGAAGGGAGGGAGGCACUACCGGCUGGGAAGAAGAGGGGAAAAAAGAAGAAAAAGAAGCGGCUGAAGGUAAAGGAGAGUUGGAGGGAAUAAUUUCAGUUUCUCUCGCAUGGGAUUCUUUGCUCGCCCCGCAGAUGGAGGGAUGAAACCGGGAGAAAAAACACAGGGAGAGAGAGAAAGAGAGAGGAGGGAGAAGUGGAGGAUGUAGUCGUCGGGCGCUGUGAGAAUGCAAAACGGACGCACCCCACUGGAAGACAGGAUUGAACUAUAAACCCGUACGGAAUUUACACCCACCCAAAGGAUAUUACAUAUAUUUACCUCGAUAUACACACAUAUGGGGCAUAUUCUCUUCUCUGGAACAUAUUUGUGUGGAGUUACAACUGUAAUCAUCACUACCUUUCUAAUAAUGGGAUUUGGAAAGUUAAUUGCGCCCUGACACUCUGAACGAAGGAACUGCAUCCAGAAAAAGCUCCACAGCUGGCAGACAGUCACUUGGGAAGGCCGGCCCCACUGUACUACAAUGAGGCUUGAACCAGAGCUGCUGUAGCAGCAGGAGAGGGUCAGAAAGGGACAGCAGCUACUGAAGAGAGAGAUGUAGGAGACGAGGAGGAGGAGGAGGAGGACAGCAGCCAGUGAGUGAACACAGAAGAUUUUGGGCCUGCACCCUCAUCCAUGAUGUUAUAGCCACAAUAACAUGUGAUUCCUGAAGCAGAGUGUUAUCCGCUUUUACGUCUCUGAAGGUGUUGUGUCCAGGUGGGGUGGUUACCAUGGAGAGGCUGUUGCUGUGUGUGAUGCUGGCAGUUGCCAUGGCAGUGAGGGCACAGAUCUGCCCAAAGCGCUGCGUAUGUCAGAUCCUGUCGCCCAACCUGGCAACCCUCUGCGCCAAGAAAGGUCUGCUCUUUGUACCACCGAACAUUGACAGGCAUACUGUGGAGCUACGGCUGGCUGACAACUUUGUCACAAGUGUGAAGAGGAAAGAUUUUGCAAACAUGACACGGCUGGUAGACCUGACAUUAUCCAGAAACACCAUCUCCUACAUCACACCUCAUGCCUUUGCCGAUCUGGAAAACCUCAGAGCUCUACACCUCAACAGUAACCGGCUGACGAGGAUAGGCAAUGAUACAUUCAGCGGGAUGUCGAAGCUUCACCACCUGAUUCUGAACAACAACCAGCUGGUGCUGAUCCACCAGGGAGCGUUCAACGACCUGCUGGCGCUGGAAGAACUGGACCUCAGCUACAACAAUCUGGACUCUAUUCCUUGGGAGGCCAUCCAGAAAAUGACGAGCCUCCAUACGUUGAGUUUAGACCACAACAUGUUGGACUUUAUUCCAGAGGGAACCUUCUCACUGCUACAGAAACUCAACCGGCUGGACGUCACCUCCAAUAAGCUCCAGAAGCUCCCACCAGACCCUCUUUUUCAACGAGCUCAGGUUCUGGCCACAUCAGGAAUCAUGACCUCCUCUUCCUUCGCACUGUCUUUUGGCGGGAACCCUCUCCACUGUAACUGUGAGUUACUGUGGCUGAGAAGGUUAAACAGGGAGGACGACCUGGAGACAUGCGCCUCACCCCAACUCCUCUCUGGUCGAUACUUCUGGUCCAUCCCAGAGGAGGAGUUCAUAUGUGAACCCCCCCUCAUCACCAGAUACUCCCAUGAGAUGAGGGUGCUUGAAGGACAGCGAGUCGCACUGAGGUGUAAGGCGAGAGGUGACCCAGAGCCAGCCAUCCACUGGAUCUCUCCAGAGGGCAAACUGGUGUCUAACUCCUCCAGAACGUUGGUCUACAACAACGGGACCCUGGACAUCCUCAUCAGUACUGUGAAAGACACCGGCUCCUUCACCUGCAUCUCCUCCAACCCUGCCGGUGAAGCCCACCAAACAGUUGACCUGGUUAUUAUAAAACUCCCUCACAUCUCCAACAAUACCAACAACAUCCAAGAGCCUGACCCGGGAUCGUCGGACAUUUCCACGUCGACCCGAGGCGGGGCCAACGGCAGCAACGUGACGGGCGACGUGAAGGGCGGCGUGGACAAGAGGGUGGUGACGGCUGAAGCCACGUCGUCGACAGCUCUGAUCAAGUUCAACUUCCAGAGGAAUAUUCCAGGCAUUAGGAUGUUCCAGAUCCAGUACAACGGGAGCCAGGACGACUCGCUGGUGUACAGAAUGAUCCCCCCGUCAAGCAAGAACUUCUUGGUCAACAACCUGGCCGCGGGGACCCAGUACGACCUCUGCGUGCUGGCCAUCUACGAUGAUGUCAUCACCUCUCUGACAGCAACCCGCGUGGUCGGCUGUGUGCAGUUCACCACCGAGUCAGAGUACAUGAGGUGUCAUUUCAUGCAGUCGCAGUUUCUCGGCGGGACUAUGAUCAUCAUCAUUGGAGGGAUAAUAGUGGCCUCGGUGCUCGUUUUCAUCAUCAUCCUGAUGAUACGUUACAAGGUGUGUAACCCUGGGGAGGGUGGUAAAGGCGUUUCAAUGUCGAUGACCAACGUUCACUCACAGACCAAUGGGCAGCAGUCGCAGGGAUGCACUGUGACUCCCAGCGCCUCUAAACAUGGCUCAAUCGGAUUAGACGACCUCUCGGGAGGCACAAAGAAGAGGAGCGGAGCAGCAGCAGGAGGAGGAGGAGGGGGCAAGGAUACGAUGACUCAUUCGUCCGACUCUUCCCUGCCUGACUGCUCCACCACUACGUCAGUUCUCAGCCAGCCUUGGGCGGCUAGAAGCCCGACAGCUGGAGCCGAGGAACGGGAGAAAGCAGGUGAAGAGAGAGCUCAGGCCGGCAUCUCGACGCCCACCACCACCACCGGUUCACUACCCAAGCCAAAGCGGAUGCCCGCCCAAAGUAAGCCAGGCUCAGCGUGCUCCAACGCCUCGGCUAUCCCUGAAAAUCUCCCCACCUCCCAACGCCCUCCUUCCUCCUCCUCCACUGCCUCCUCCGUCCUCCUCCCUUCCUCCAUCCCUCUGGAGAACCUCAACACCAACCGCAACAACUCCACCUCUCUCAACCAAACCCCGCCUCCCUUCGCUCCUUCCCCUUUCUCCAGCCAACACCCCACGCCGAGCCCCGUCCCCUCCAUCCGAUUCAGAGAGACGCCCAUCCUGCGCCGGGCUCCCCACACCGCCUCCUCCUCCUCCGCCACUGUUUCCUCCUCCGCCAAGUACCAGACUCUCCCUGUGGAGGAGGGAGGGAGGAGCAGGGCAAGGAGGAGGUACUCGCUCAGUGAGGGAGGCUCAAAGACGCACUCGUCACAUCAGGGAGGAGGAGCGCCCAGAAUAGGGCGCAUAAUGCGAAACAAAAGGAGCCAAUCAAUGAGCGGGAUGCUGCUCCCUAAAGACGGGGAGGGAGACUCGGACAAAGGACGCUGUGAUUCAGACUGGAUCUUAGAAAGCACGGUUUGAAGUGGAGCGAGGCGGCGACUAUAAAAUAAACUUUGGUUUAUCCAUUAUUGUUUAUCUUUUGUAUGAGUGUAUGUCUGAGACUCUCUGUGUGUGUUAGUUUGAAUUUGUUUCUAGAUGUGUGAGUGAGGGUACAGGUGUGUGUGUGUGUGUGUGUGUGUGUGUGUGUGUGUGAGCAUUUGUGACAUAUGUUUUUUGCCGUUUAGAAUCUGCGUUUUUGGUGUGUGUGUGUGUGUGUGUUCAUGUUGUAGCUGGAUGAUUGACUGCGAGUGUGUGUUCUGCGUCCAUACUGUUUCUUUUUUCAACCAGGUUUUUUUUUUAUUAUUAUUUUUCAUAACUUUUCUCCACAACUCUUUGUAUUCAGUUUACAGUUUUUUCACUUUGACAUUUUCCUAUCUGUUUUGCAGUCGGUCAUUCAGCGAGUGGAUAACUUGCCUUGUCUCGUAGCGUCCUCGGGUUGUCUCGUUGGUUCCACUUUAUAGCACAAGAAGAAAACAAGACAAUGGGCUCGCCACGUCAUUUCCCGAUUCACACUCACCUUAUCUGAAAAUACCACAAAAAGGGAAUAAUUACAGGAAAAAAAGAAUGAAAAAAAACAACAACAAUACAAGAACUGAAAAGCACACCAUUCUUAACGUUCACAUGCCCACAGAGAGCGUGCGUCCAUACGGUGGCAAGAGAACAGCAGUCGGUGCCUUCUUUUGCACUAACAGACCCUCUGACAGAUGAUAGAACUGGAUUUAAAACUCCACCACGGCUCCACGAACGAGGGAUUAGGACAGAGGAGAGGGGGGGCAAACAAAGGAAUAGAAGAUUUCACACAUAGCCUUUCUUACCUACUGAGGAGUACAGAUGUUUUCUUGACAUACAGACGGACACAAACUGAGACAACAAGUAACAAACAGAAGACUUUAACGGACCUCUUAUGAAAUUAAUAUUUUUUAAAGGGAAGAAUAAAGAAAAAACAAAAAAAGAACAUAAAAAAACCUUGCAAGCUUUUCACUGACACUGGUGUUCCACAGCCUGUGUUGGUCACGAGUUCCCCGGAAAGCUUCUGUACAGAAAAAGACAACAUGUACUGUGUUGUUAUGUUGUGUAAAAUAAAAAAGGGAUAAAAUGAAAA